ACUGACAUUAGCCGAAUAGAAAACUGGAGUUGAAAUGAAAUGAAAUGAAAUGAAAUCAAACCCAAAACCAGUCUUAAGAAAACAUCAAUGGAAGAACGAGAAAGAGUGCUCAAAAACCAGAAAAAGACCGAACAAGAAGAACACGAACAAGAAAAGGAUAUAGAACCAAAGCAACAAGAGCUAUGGAGUUGGGGGGCAGGAACAGAAGGACAACUUGGAACUGGCAACUUAAAAGACGAACUUACCCCUCAACUUCUCAUCAACCUCUCCAAUUCUCUCUCCUCAUUCGCCCCAAUCUCUGUCCUCUCUUGCGGUGGUGCCCAUGUCAUUGCUCUCACUUCUGGUGGGAAGGUGCUGAGUUGGGGUAGAGGAUCAUCUGGGCAAUUGGGUCAUGAUCAGAUUAUGCCUAAUUGCUCGUUCCCUAAACUUGUUGCUUCAUUGUCAAGCUUCAAUAUUUCCCAUGUUUCUGCUGGUUGGAAUCACUCUGGUUUUGUUUCAGAUUCUGGAUGCCUCUUCACUUGUGGGGAUGGCUCGUUUGGUCAGUUGGGCCAUGGAGAUUUUAAGUCCUACAGUUCCCCAAUCGAAGUUUCAUUUUUCAACUCUAAGCACGUUGAGCAGGUAGCUUGUGGCAUGCGACAUUCAUUGGUACUAUCAAAAGGCAAUUCAGGAGACAAGGUCAUGUAUGGAUUUGGAUCCGGCAAGCGCGGUCAGUUGGGUAUUUCUGAGGAUAAAAUAAAGCUGGUGAGUGUUCCUGUGGUAUGUUCUGGAUUUGAAAAUGCUGAAGUGGUGGACAUUCUUGCAAAUGGAGAUCAAAGUGCUGCAUUGUCAGCUGAUGGCCGUCUUUACACUUGGGGAAGAGGUUUCAGCAGUAGCAGUUCGAACGUUUGUAUUCCUCAGUCUAUACCCUCGGCUUUUAGCUUUGAGCAAGCUGCUCUUGGUUGGAAUCACGCCUUGGUAUUAACAAGCGAAGGAGAAGUCUUUAUGCUUGGAGGCAGUCACCACGGAGUGCUCAGUGAACCUCAAAAGAUGACCCGCCAUAAUAAUUCAUCUGAUGAACCGAGUCUGUCAAAAGUAUGUGGCCUCGUUGGGAAGAAAGUUGUACAUAUUGCAGCUGGAGCUGAGCACUCAGCUAUAGUGACAGAAAAUGGACAAGUAUACACUUGGGGUUGGGGCGAACAUGGUCAGCUUGGUUUGGAUAGUACAAGUGAUCACACUGCUCCCCAGUUGGUUCUACCUGAAGAUAGAAGCCUGAUAUCGAGGGUUUACUGUGGAAGUGGCUUCACUUUUGCUCUUAAGACUCACACUUGAAGAAGUGAGCUAGUCGUAUUACCAAUGCUAACGUGGUCUCUUCCGUAUAUCGCGACAAGGACCAAGGUGGGAAAUAGAAAUUUGAGGCCACCUGGUUUCAUGAAAUUGUAAUUGUUUGAUAACUUUGAUUGAGAAAGAAAAUUUGGGUGUUGUGUAAUCAACAAAAACUCCCUUUUGGUUUAAAAUUGGCUCUUAACUUGACAUGCCAUUUAGCA